GGCCAGCAGCAGAGCAUGAAGAGAUUGUCCUGACGUUGUCAGUGUUGGGAGUGACAUGGGCAGUAAAGAUAAUCGGCUGCAUAGUCAUGCAUCCAGAUGUUUCGCUUAACCAAGAUGCAAAAUAGAUUUUAGGAGCCUACAUAACCAUGGGGAGUGUUUUGGCUGAUGUUUUUCUGCUUCUGCUGAUCUCCACCGGACACGUUUAUGGAGUUUCAUUCUACGGAGAUGGCUACAUCUACCUGCGGACAGUUGAGACGUCCAUACAGACGUUAAUCAAUGUUCGAUUUCGAACCUCCAGUCAGUCAGGGCUGCUGUUUUUGGCAGCAGGACACACAGACUUCAUGCUUCUGGAGCUGAUCUCUGGGUACCUGCAGGUGCGUCUUGAUCUGGGCUCAGGUGAGCAUUCGUUGCGCUCAGAAAAGGGCAUCCAUCUCAAUGAUCUGGCGUGGCACACUGUGGAUCUCACCCACACCCGCCAUAAUAUCACUAUGACUGUGGACCAGAACUCCCACACCGGCCUACAAAUACAGGGACCAGAUCUGGAGCUCGGUGUGGAGGAUGGACUCCUUGUUGGCGGGACAGCUGGAUUAAAACAUCUCUAUCUUCACAACAUCUCCUCUGGGUUUAGAGGUUGCAUGGACGAAGUCGUCUUCAAUCAACAUAACUUACUGUCCAGUCUCAGGCCACAUUCUGGGUACAAGACCGUCCAUGAGGUAUCUCUGGGCUGUAGUCCACAGUUUUCUGCAACAGAAGAAGAUCCUGUCAGUUUUUUCAGCUCAGAAGCGUUCAUGUCACUCCCACCGUGGGAUGUGCUUCAAGAGGGAGUGUUUGAAUGUGAACUACAUCCCGCUGCAAAAGAAGAAGAAGACGGCAUUGUCCUUUAUAGCUCUGACAAUCAGGGAGGGUUUGUUGCCAUUGAGAUCGUACGCGGUCAUCUGGUGGCUUCGGUAGGAGGUGGAGAGGGGAGUAAAACUGAGCUGCAUUCUUUAACAAAUGUAAACAGCAACCACACCUGGUACACCAUCCAGCUUCACUUGCUGCCUCACAGUGUUCAGCUGAAGGUAGGCAAAGAGCUGGUGAAGGCCAGUCUGAGCCCAGAGAUUCAGGUCAUCCAGCUCACGGGGCCUCUCUUCGUAGGAGGGCUGGAUGAAGCAGCUCGGGGACAAGCAAGGCGAGCUGGAUUGAUUUCUGUUCCAUCUGGAGGAGAAGGAGGAGGCUCCUUUAAAGGCUGCCUCCGUGAAAUCAGGGUGAACACUCAAAAAACAGGCCUACCUCAUACCACAGUCACCAAGGAUGUCACUGUGGGCUGUAGGACAGGGCAGGCUCCACAGAGAGCAAGUCUCACCAGCCCAACAGAUCUUCCUGGGGUUGAUAUCACAACUGCACAGACUGACGCGAAGAGGAGUCCUAACUUCCUGAUGCUGAGGAAACUAGAAGUAUCUGAGGGAGGCCGGGCACCUCUUGAACCAAAACACAUAAAGGUGAAUUUGGACUUCCGUAAACUGGGCAUUCACCCAUCCCAGUUUAUGUUCAGCGUUGAGGAACAGCCUGUUCAUGGCCAGCUCCGGUUGGACCUGAGUCCAGACCCCGACAGGAUUUUGGACGAGGGCCAGGAGAGGACCAUCACGAUAGGAAUUGAGGAGAAGGACCGGACGUUCAGUAUGCUGGACCUCUGGCAGGGCAGGGUGAUGUACGUUCACAGCGGCUCAGAGGACCAGAGUGACUUCUUCACAUUUUCAGUCUUCUCCAGCAAUAAGAAGGAGCUUCCUGUGUUUCUCAAGGGCAACCGUCUGCACCAGUUCGAAAUUAGCAUCAGUCCUGUGAACGAUGCGCCUGUGCUCAGCCUGCCAGAGGGAAACUAUUUUACUCUACGCGAGAAGUCCAGACGACAGCUGACUACAGAUGUGCUGAGAGUGCUAGACCCUGACAGCAGUCCUGAGGAGCUUGUUUUCAGCUCCCUGGGAAACCUCAACACUGAGGCUGGAUACCUUGAGCAUCAGGAUUAUCCUGGCAGGCCCAUCAACUUGUUCUCCCUAAAUGAUCUAGAGGAGGGUAAGAUCAGCUUUAUCCACACAGGGGUCUCAACUUCCAGGCUGGCUCUUAGGGUUAGUGACGGGCAGAAGGUAAGCAACACAGUAGUUUUGAGGAUAAUAACCGUGCCACUCGAAGAUAAACUGGUGAACAACACCGGACUGGAGGUGAACCAAGGCGAAGCUUCAGUCAUCACCACCAAUCACCUUGCGGUACAAGUUAAUGUGGCUGACCCCACAGUAGAAAUCUGGUAUAAUGUUACAGAGUUCCCACAAUAUGGCGAGCUCCAGAGGUUGCACUCAAGCGGCGAAUGGAAGCCAGCGACCUCUUUCUCCCAGAAACUUCUGGAAAAAGAACGGAUUCGAUACCUCAGCACCUACCGUGGCUUACAGAUGCAAAAUAACAUCACAGACCACUUUAAAUUUAAAGUCAGUAUCGGUUCCCUGGCUAAACAAGAGGCUGUUUUCCCCAUCGCGGUACGAUGGAUUCACUUCAAGAUCACACGGAGUAAGAUGGAGCUCAAUGGCGUUCAGGCUGCUGUUCUCACUCCCGAGGACCUCCAUGUGAUUUCUAAGGGUGUUAAGCUCAGUGAGAGUGACCUCCAUUUCAGGAUGGUAACGGUACCCAAGAAAGGUCAGCUUCUCCUCAACAACAAGGCCCUACAAAGGAACUCAACCUUCAGCCAGAGGAACAUCAGUGAUGGUUUGGUAAGGUACGAGCUAAUCAACCGGCAACAUGACGACACGAGAGACACGUUCAGCUUUCAGGUGUUUUCAGCUCACUCCAACUCAACAACUUACGACUUCAGAAUCAACAUCAAAGCCGAGUCGACCACCGUCACUGUGAUAAGCAAAGGUCUCUCAGUCAUGGAAGGAGGGAGUAAAGUAAUCACCAGAGAUAUUCUGUUCACUCACACAGCGAGUAACCGGGAGGUCCUCUACAACAUUAUAGAGAGCCCCAGGCAUGGGCACAUAAGGCGGAUCAACCUCUCCAACUCAACUUCGAUUAACGACAACAUUAUGGCGUUCACAAAUCAGGAUAUAACUGAGGAAAGGAUCAUGUACGUUCACGACGACAGUGAAACUAAGCAGGAUUCUUUCACAUUUCAGAUAGUGGUUUACAAAGCUCACAAACACGUGAACAAGAAAGAGGACGGAAAUGGAGAACAACACACCUUUAAUAUCUCAGUGCAGCUCGUCAAUGAUCAGAGGCCCGUCAGGGUUGUGGAUAAAGUUUUCCACGUGGCACGGGAGGGCCAGAGAUUGGUGACACUGAGUGACCUUCGUUAUCGUGAUGAUGACUCAGAUUUCGAGGACAGCUGGUUGGUGUACACACGGAGGGGGAUCCCCAUGGGAGAGUUGGUGCUGGCCAGUGAUCCUAGCCACAAGUUGUAUGAGUUCACACAGCGAGACCUCGAACAGAAAAAGGUGCUGUUUGUCCACAAAGGAGUGAGUUUUGGGCGUUUUGUGCUUUUCGUAUCUGAUGGGAAGCAUUAUGUUUCAACGCUGUUGGAGGUGAUGGCGCAGGAUCCUUACCUGCAGGUGGAGAACAACACAGGCAUCAUGGUCCAGCAGGGUGGGAUCACGACCCUGACCUCUGCUAACCUCAGUGUCUUCAGCAACCUUGACAUCAGAGACCCACACGAAGUGACAUUUGAGGUCUUCAUCCCACCUAAACAUGGCGUGAUCUGCUUUAUUGACAGAGAGAGUGGGAUUAUAACAGAAGCAGAUGCAAUUUCAAUAUUCACCCAGCGAGACUUGAUAGCAGGGCGCCUGGUAUAUCGCCAUGAUGGCGGCCACAAGUUGUCGGAUAGCUUUAAUGUGACAGCAAGAGCUAGAGAAAGGAGCACAGAGAGGCAGGUGGAAAGAGGGAAGAGGGAGGUACAUCUAGACAUUGGAGUUUCGGUAAAGAUUUACCUGGAGAGUCAUCAGAGGCCACCAACAGUCAGAAACAACCAGCCAGUGGUGGUGGAAGAGGGACAUAAUAUCUCUAUAAGCAGGGACAACUUAGAGGUGGUCCAUGAAGACAGUCAGCCCUCAGAUAUAGUUUUUACUGUGCACAGUCUUCCCACAGUUGGCAUCAUUCAGAGGUUGUCCACUGACAACAAGCAUCAACGCAUGAAUGGAGGACAACACUAUAAAGGUAUCAAAAAGCAGUCAACACCCACAUUCACCCAGGAGGACCUGAACCAGGGCUUGGUCAUCUAUCAACAGCAGACCACAGGAAGCACCAAUGAUUCUGUUCUGUUGGAAGCAACCAAUGGGGUGACAAAGGUUGGACCUAUCAGGCUGGAGAUUGAUAUCAUCCCAAUCCUGCUUCCUCUGCAGGUGUCCGACUUGACCCUAGAUGAGGGGUCUUCUAUGCCGCUGACCUCUGACAUCAUUAAAGUCGCCAGCCAUCACUUCUCUGGGAUGAACUUCCUGUAUCAGGUCAUCAAUCCACCACGACAUGGACAUUUGGAGCACAGCCGCAUUCCUGGGAUGCCUAUCACGGCUUUCACACACACUGAGGUGGAACGGGAGUACAUUUCCUACAUCCAUGACGGCAGUGACACCCUGAGAGACAACUUUACCAUUGUGGCAAACCAGACGGAAACCAGGAAACACAGCCUGCCGUGCGCCGUUCACAUCAACAUCACACCUGUCAAUGAUGAGACCCCGGUGAUUACAACCAACCACGGACUGAAGGUGUGGGUGGGUUCUGUUACAGAGAUAACCACAGGCGAUCUCAGUGCAGAGGACACUGACACUCCACCUGAGGGGCUGGAGUUCAUAGUGACACCACCCAGCAAUGGCCACUUGGCUUUGAAGAGCGCCCCCUCCAGACACAUUCUGAACUUCACUCAAAGUCACAUAGACAGCAAGCAGCUGGUGUUUGUGCACAAUGGGGCGCUGUCGGGUGGCUUUCAUUUCCAAGUGAAUGACGGCCUCAACUUUGCUCCUCGUCAGAUCUUUAGCACAACUGCCCAUUCUCUGAUCCUCACCCUGCAGAGAAACCACCCGAUGGAAGUCUACCCAGGCUCUGUGACACCAAUCUCAGACAAGGAGCUUCAGGUGGUUACUAACAUUGCUGACGGCAACAUCAGGAGGAACCAGUCUGUGGUCUUUGCAGUGACCUCUCCUCCUAAACUCGGUCGCCUGGUCCGACGUAUGCCGGACAACUCCACAAGAAAUGUUUCCACCUUUACACAGAGCAUGUUGGACGAUGGCGUUAUCCUGUAUGAUCAGAACAAGCCAGAGUCAGUGGGAUGGUCAGCUACAGACACUUUUUCUUUCACGGCGUCUUUGCCUCCUGCUUCUCUUCCUCCACACACCUUCACCAUCUUGAUCUCCUACCAAGCCAAUGAACAUCAUGACAGCCCUCAGCACAAGACCAGACUACUAAACAAUGCAGGUGCUGUGGUGGCUGAAGGAGGCAGGGUGACAAUAGACAGGUCCAAGCUUGAUGCCUCUAAUCUCCUGGGAAAAAUCCCAGAGUCCCAUCGGAAAGACCACCACAUCAUGUAUCGUGUGAUUUCUUUUCCUCGCUAUGGGAUUUUGUCUAUUCGAGGACACAAUCUGACCAGGAACCAACCAGAUUUUUCACAAGUCACCCUGAACAAGUUUGGCAUCACAUACUUCCACGAUGACUCUGAGACCACAAGUGACAGCUUCACUUUUCGGGCCUGGGUGGCGCCUUUGGAUCUCUCCUCUUCUUCCUCCUCAUCAUCCUUGUCGGCUUUUUCCUCUGACUCCUCCUCUUCUUCAAGCUCCUUUUCCUCUCUGUACUCUGCUUCAUCAUCUCCCUUUUCAUCACUAGACACAGUUUCUCAUCAUCACGUUAAAGACACCACAGGGGUGACAGAGAUGUUCAACAUUACAGUAACACCAGUCAAUGACCAGCCACCACUGAUCAGAAGCAGGGCCCCCAGUAUGAAGGUGGUAGUGGGGGAGAGAGUCGUACUUGGACCCAGCAGUCUUCAGGUGGAGGACCAUGAUACUCCUCCAGAGGAGCUGCACUACCUCGUGAUAAGUAAGCCCAACAAUGGCUACCUGACGUUGGGGGAAAGACCGGAGCCGGUGACCUCAUUCACCCAGUACGACGUCAACCACGGCCGGCUGCAUUUUAUACAGCAGGGCGUCCCCUCAACAGGAGUUUUCUACUUCAACGUAACAGACGGCCAUCACCGUCCACUCUACAAGCUGUUUAGUUUGGAGGUUAUUAAGCCCUCGGUGUCCAUUGUGAACAACACUGGCUUGUCGUUGAUUCAAGGCCGGACCGCGGUGGUCCUGACAACCAAUCAGCUUGCAGCUCAAACCAAUGGUCAGAGCCGGGCCACUGUCUCCUACACUGUCACCACACCCCCUCGCCACGGACGCAUCGCUAUUAACGACCAGGAGGUCACCACAUUCCGCCACGAGGACCUCCAGUUUGGACGCGUCGUCUAUCACAUGACUGAUCUCAGCGAGUCCGAGGACACCUUUCAAAUGUCAGUGUCAGCCUCGUCACCUGGCGUUAAUUAUGGAAAUGUAACAGCGACGGUGAAAGUGACCGUGCGGCCUCUGAUCUACCUGAGAGAGCCAGUUCGAGUCCCCAGUGGUAUCGCUGUGAAACUGGGAAAAGCCAUGAUUGAUGCCUCAGAGCUGGCGAGAAUCAGCCGAGCCAACCCGGUCUUUGAAGUUCUCUCUCCACCAAAACAUGGAAAACUAGUCAAGAUAACAUAUGAUCCUAACAGAGCGUCAGAGGUCCUGAAGUCAUUCACAUUCAGAGAUGUGGUGCAAGGCCGAGUUGCCAUCGAGGAGAAUCUUAGUGACAGCGACAACCAGCUCCACAAUAAUGAAUCCACGCUCACAACAGCUCAAGUCCACGCUCCCGCCACGCCUCUUAAUGACUCUUUCAGCUUCCUGGUGAGGUCUGGAAACGUCCAGCCAGCAAAGGGCGAGCUUCACUUCACCAUCUUACCUCAUCACCAGAUGCGUCACGGUCCUGGUGGUUUCAAUAAAAUAGACAAGAUAGGUCGCGAACACACAACAGCCCAUCUACCAGCACACAACAGGACAACUGCCGGAAGAGCAGGACGGGAAGGUGGACGAGGAGGCUCUACGGCACACGGUGAGGUCACUGUGGGUUUGCACCCCCACAUUUUAUCACACAAGCACCACAACAGGACACAUCACAAGUUGAGGCCUCAUAACCGACUGGGGAACCACACACGGAAUGGGAGUCCUGGAGGGAGGUCAAAGAGCAGCGUAGAGGGAGCAGGAGGAGGUCACAGCCAUGCCCCCCAGCCCCACACUCCUUCCAUCCCAGAGAAACACGGUCCGGAGAACCCUCCUGACACCCAGCUGAUUCAUGUCGAGGUUCUGCCUCGUCCUGCAUCGGACCCCCUCCUCAUUAUCCUUCCGCUGCUAGCUUGUUUGCUUCUCAUUAUAAUACUCAUAGUUUUGAUCCUGGUGUUCCGCCAUCGCAAGGAAAAACAAGCUCGGCUUCGACUUGUCCAGGAACUCGCUGCAGUGCCGGUUCCCAAUGAGGACAGCCCGUAUCUGGGCAGGCCAGAGCGGAGUGUGGCCAUGCCCUCGGUUAUGGUCACCCCACUCGGCUCUGCAAGCUGCCCAACUUCUCCCAGGGUGCCCACAAGUCCCCGAAGGAGUCUGGCCCCUGGAAUGACCUUCUGGGGGCCAUUUGAGGCUGAUUUAGCUGGUGGUGAUGGGAAUAUUAGAGGCUGUAACAGUAAUGAAAGAGAUAAUAAAACUUCUAGCAAUCCACUUCCACGUACUGCAGGAUUCAGGACCUCUGUGAGAUCCAGGUCCCCGACUCCAACUCUAAAAGAGGGCCAGUACUGGGUUUGA